GUUCAACCUCAUAUACGUUUCUUAUCUGCAUAAGGAUUUUACAUUAAUUUUCCUUUAGGUUUGCUGCGGCCUUUAGAGAUUUAAAAGUGUGGGUUAUGAAUGUGGUUCCAAUAGACUCUGCUGAUACGCUUCCAAUAAUCUAUGAACGGGGCUUGUUCGGGAUAUAUCAUGACUGGUGUGAAUCAUUCAGUACAUACCCCAGAUCUUAUGAUCUUCUCCAUGCCGACCAUCUAUUCUCUAGCAUCAAAAAGAGGUGCAAUUUAGUUACAUUAUUUGCAGAAGGUGAUAGAAUUCUCAGGCCAGAGGGAAAGUUGAUUGUACGGAACAACGCUGAAACCAUAAAGGAGGUGGAGGGAAUGGCUAAAUCUCUAAAGUGGGAGGUCCGGACAACAUAUUUAGAAGACAAUGAAGGAUUCAUUUGCUUUCACAAGACAUAUUGGCGUCCAAAUGCGACUGAAACAAUAAAAGCAGCCAUUGUUUGAAUCAGAAUAGCAGUACUAGAAGAAGUUCUAGCCGUAUUGGUGACAAAAACUUGAUAGGUAUUCUUUUAUAUCUCAGGCAUUAAAAUUUUUAGAUUAGUUUUAAAGUGUAACAUUUUAUUGGUUGAUUAUUAUUUGGAUCCCCAUUACAAAGAUUAUUAUCUUUGUAUACUUUGAUUGUAAAAUCAAAUUAUCAUUAUGGAAUGAAAAUUGAAGGCAUUC